AUGGAGCAGAAUCAGCUGGACCAAGAAACCUUCUCCUGUUCAAUCUGUCUGGAUUUACUAAAGGAUCCAGUGGCUAUUCCCUGUGGACACAGCUACUGUAUGAGCUGCAUUAAUGCACACUGGGAUGAAGAGAAUCAGAAAGGAAACCAUAGCUGUCCUCAGUGCAGAGAGAUUUUCACACAGAGGCCUAUUUUGAAAAGGAACACCAUGUUAGCAGCUUUAGUGGAGCAGCUGAAGAAGACUGGACUCCAAGCUGCUCCUGCUGAUCACUGCUUUGCUGGACCUGAAGAUGUGGCCUGUGAUUUCUGCACUGGAAGAAAACUGAAAGCCAUCAAGUCCUGUUUAUUCUGUCUGGCCUCUUACUGUGAGGAACACCUUCAGCCUCAUUAUGAUUCAGCUACAUUUAAGAAACACAAGCUGGUGGGGCCCUCCAAGAACUUCCAGGAGAACAUCUGCUCUCUUCAUGAUGAGGUGAUGAAGAUAUUCUGUCGUACUGAUCAGAAGUGUAUCUGUUAUCUCUGCUCUGUGGAACAACAUAAAGGCCAUGAAAUAGUGUCAGCUGCAGCAGAAAGGACUGAGAGGCAAAGCGAGCUGGAGGAGAGACGAGGAAAAAUCCAGCAGGGAAUCCAGGACAGAGAGAAAGAUGAUCACAACCAGUUUCUCCACAGCUACCCCUCACUGUCAGCACUCAGUGAGUCUACACACUCAUCCAGCAUCAAUGUCCGUCCUCUGAGACACUUUGAGGAUGUGACAGCAGCUGUGUCAGAGCUCAGAGAUAAACUACAGGACAUUCUGAGAGACACAUGGACAAACAUCUCACUGACAAUCACUGGGGUGGAUGCUUUACUUUCAGAACCAAAGAGAAGAGCUGGAUUUUUAAAAUAUUUAUGUGAAAUUACACUGGAUCCAAAUACAGCAAACAGAAAACUGUUGUUAUCAGAGGGGAACAGGAAGAUAAAAGCGAUGAAUGAACCUCAGUCUUAUUCUAGUCACCCAGGAAGAUUCACUGCCUGGUGGUCGGUUCUGAGUAGAGAGAGUCUAAAUAGACGUCAUUACUGGGAGGUGGAGUGGAAAGGAAUAGUUUAUGUAGCAGUCGUAUACAACAAUAUCAGCAGAGUAGGAAAUGGAAAUGAAUGUCUGUUUGGGAAGAAUGAAAAAUCAUGGGCAUUAGAGGUUUCCCAAGAUGGUUACAAAUAUGGUCACAACAACAUGUGGACCUCCAUCUCAGGUCCUGUUUCCUCCAGAAUAGGAGUGUACCUGGAUCACAAAGCAGGGAUUCUGUCCUUCUACAGCGUCUCUGAAACCAUGACUCUCCUCCACAGAGUCCAGACCACAUUCACUCAGCCGCUACAUGCUGGACUUUGGGUUCACUCCGAAGGACACUCUGCAGAGAUCUGUAAACCAAAAUAG